AUGGCGGUGCUGGCGGCGCUGGCCAAGAAGGUGUGGAGCGCGCGGCGGCGCCUGGUGCUGCUGCUCGCGCCGCUGGCGCUGCUGCCGCUUCUCUUCGCGCUGCCGCCCAAGGAAGGCCGCUGCCUGUACAUCAUCAUGCUCAUGGCCGUGUACUGGUGCACCGAGGCCCUGCCCCUGUCCGUGACGGCUCUGCUGCCCAUCAUCCUCUUCCCCUUCUUGGGCAUCCUGCCCUCCAGCAAGGUCUGCUCCCAGUACUUCCUUGACACCAACUUCCUCUUCCUAAGUGGCCUGAUCAUGGCCAGCGCCAUCGAGGAAUGGAACCUGCACCGCAGAAUCGCCCUCAAGGUCCUCAUGCUCGUUGGGGUGCAGCCAGCCAGGCUCAUCCUGGGGAUGAUGGCGACCACCGCGUUCCUGUCCAUGUGGCUGAGCAACACGGCCUCCACGGCCAUGAUGCUGCCCAUCGCCAGCGCCGUCCUCAAGAGUCUCUUUGGCCACAGGGAAGCUCGGAAGGACCCCGGCUGGGAGGGUGAAGAGAACACAGCUGCCGUGCACGCAAAGGGGCUUCACACGGUGCCCACAGAGAUGCAGUUCCUUGCCGGCGCAGAAGGAGGUCGCUCCGAAGAGACCGAGGCUCCUUUAGAGCUGCCUGUUGAUUCCAAGGAAGAGGAAUACCGCAGAAACAUCUGGAAGGGCUUCCUCAUCUCCAUCCCCUACUCAGCCAGCAUUGGGGGCACAGCCACCCUCACAGGCACUGCCCCCAACCUCAUCCUGCUGGGCCAGCUCAAGAGUUUCUUUCCGCAGUGUGACGCGGUGAAUUUCGGCUCCUGGUUCAUCUUUGCCUUCCCUCUCAUGCUGAUGUUCCUGCUGCUGGGCUGGCUCUGGAUCUCCUUCCUGUACGGCAGCAUGAGCUGGAGGGGCUGGAGGAAGAAGAAAUCGAAGCUAAGAGCUGAUGCGGAAGAUAAGGCGCUAGCUGUGAUUCGAGAAGAAUUCCAAAACUUGGGACCCAUCAAGUUUGCUGAGCAAGCCGUCUUCGUCCUGUUCUGCCUGUUUGCCAUUCUCCUCUUCUCCCGGGACCCAAAGUUCAUCCCAGGCUGGGCCAGCUUCUUCAUGCCUGGGUUUGUUACUGACGCUGUCACUGGCGUGACCAUUGUCACCAUCCUGUUCUUCUUCCCAUCCCAAAGGCCCUCUCUCAGGUGGUGGUUUGAUCUCAAAGCUUCCAACAAGGAGACGGAGCCUCUGCUGAGCUGGAAGAAAGCCCAGGAGACGGUGCCCUGGAAUAUCAUCAUUCUCCUCGGAGGGGGCUUCGCCAUGGCCAAGGGCUGCGAGGAGUCGGGGCUGUCGGUGUGGAUGGGCGGACAGCUGCACCCUCUGGAGCACGUGCCUCCUGUGCUGGCCGUGCUGCUCAUCACCGUUGUCAUUGCCUUCUUCACCGAGUUUGCCAGCAACACGGCCACCAUCAUCAUCUUCCUGCCUGUCCUGGCAGAGCUGGCCGUCCGCCUGCGAGUCCACCCCCUGUAUCUGAUGAUCCCGGCCACGGUCGGCUGUUCCUAUGCCUUCAUGUUGCCAGUCUCCACGCCCCCCAACUCCAUCGCCUUCGCCUCUGGACACUUGCUGGUCAAAGACAUGGUGCGGACCGGCCUCCUGAUGAACCUGAUGGGCGUCCUGCUGCUGAGCCUGGCCAUGAACACCUGGGCACAAGCUAUCUUCCAGCUGGGUACCUUCCCGGACUGGGCCGACAUCCACCCAGCCAACGUCACAGCCCUGCCACCCACCUUGACCAAUGACACAUUUCGGGCCUUCUGAGCCCCCGGAGCCUGGCCUCACCAUCCCUGGCUGCUGGGAGUCUACAGGACGACCGAGUGGCCCCUUCCUGUAACGCACAUCAAGCAAGGAGGAGAGCCGGUGGUCCACGUGGGCCACAGACUCACCGUCUGCGAAACCUCUUUUUCUCUCUAACGCGGUUCAAGGCCAGGUCUCUCCCAGAUCCACUGCCUAAAAAGCAGGCUCUCUCUGUGAGUGGGUCUUAUGUUUAGGGUGCAAGAGUACCCAUCUUAGCCCCAUGGAGCAAAUCUGGAAUGGCGUUUAUUUUGCACACCUGGGAUGGCGGGGGCUACCCAUCCCUACAGGCCUCACUUCCUCCCCAGUGAGACAUUAUGGGAGAACCUUUGGGGCUUCAAGGCAGCAGCAGGCUAGAUGUUACAGCUGGGCUGGGCUCUGCCUCCUUUUGGUUUGCCAUUUCCCCUGGGGAGAUCCAACCACAAGACGUUGCCUUCUGUGUCUGGAGACAGGGAGAGGCUAUGGAAACCAUGUAGUGACUCCUGGCUGCUUCAUGGGCCCCUAAGCACACCCUGGAGUUCGAGAAUGCCCACGUGACAUGUCUACCCAAGACAGUUGGGGCUCUUUUCUUUCAUCUGAUUUCUUCAGCCAUAACUUUGGGGUCAGGCCAAGCGGAGCCGCCCUCCUUCUCCCGGGUAACCCACGGCCCCUCCAGCCAGGAUCUCCUACUUGUGGCCCGCGGGUGCCUCCGUAGCUGGCCCUUGCCCUCCAAUCCCACAGGGUCAGCACAUUUAAUUUGCAAAGGCCACAGCUUCUAGGGCUGAAAGAAAGGUCUAAAAAUCAACAACAGGGGCCUCAGAGAAGGCCGGCGCAGAGCGUAUUGGGCAGGAGAAAUACUGGGACCCCCUUCUGCAGAUGGGGACUCUGGGACAUUCCCACGAGUGGGGGGGCUAGAACUGGGCAAACAGGAGACUGUAGUGCUUGUUCCCAGAGCAAGCAUCUGGACAGCCUGUGUGUGGCAUAGGGUAGGGCGGCGGGCAGCUGGCAUCCAGGGGUAGAGCGCUCACUCUUCCUCUCCCACACCCCCUGGGGUCAGGGAGCCCUAGAGCUAUAGCUCAGGCUCCACCUCCUUCCCAGAGGCAUGCUGUCCUUGGUGUUGGCAGGGGAACAGGGAGAGGCUCAUCACGGAGAAGCCCAGGGCCUUGUGAGCCGAGGAAUCGUGAUUUUCACUGCUUCUGAUCAAAUGUGUUCUCAAAUAAAGACGACUUGUCAACAUCGGA